AUGGUUGUGAAAUUGGGAGACAUAGUUUCAUCACUCGUGGAAACUGCUCCACCGGUGGAGUUGAAGGAAGUGAGCAAUGAUUUGAACUCAAUUUUAGAAGGAAAUGCCAAACUGACCGUAAUUGACUCGCUUGAAACUUUCGUCAACUCGAAAGGAGGUGUCUUUUCUGACAAAUACAUAGCUUCUAUCUACAACAAGGUAGACCAUUCGAGCAAAUACGUUGAUUAUGUGAACAAGAAAGCAUUUAAUAUUGACGUGACAUCAUCGAAGGCAAUCGACUUUGAAGACUUUGAUCCCCAAAUUUCUUACCCAGAUUAUUUUGACAGCCUUCAAGAAAAGUUAUCGAAAUACGGCGAGGAUCAUUACCCUUCGAAGUAUGCUUUCACAAUCAUACCGAAAGAGGAGGAAACACAUAUUAUUCUUGUUGGUCAAAGGUUAAAUCUGAGCAAUUUUUACAGUGGCAGAUGGUACUCACACUAUGUAAUUCAUGACGACACGCUUUCGGAACUGGUUGAAAUUGAUAUUCAUUACUAUGAGGAGGGAAACGUACGCUUGAACUUCAAGGAUGAAAAGCAAGUCAAAUUGACUCUGAUUGACGCCAGCGCAAUUGUGAAUGCGAUUGAUAAGUUUGAAGAUGACAAAACUAAACAGAUUGUGGAAAAUUUCAAUGAAUUGAACCACAAGCAGUUCAAAUCACUUAGAAGAUUGCUCCCUGUUACAAGAUCGAAAGUUAACUGGGGUAAAGCCAUUGGAAAUUAUCGUUUGGGCUCCGAUGUUGUUAACAACAAGUAA